AUCGCACUGCCCUUGUCUUUGAACGCUCUCUUCUCAGAUAUCAAUUCCAUUUCUUCGAAAAGGUUGCUUAUUGAAGAUAUCAAGGGUUCAAUCAAAAAACUUCUAGCGUCGAAUCAAUAAUCUUUUCUUGUCCAGUUUCAUCUCUGUGAAGCGGGAAGAUGAAUGACCUAAUGACGAAGUCGUUUCUAAGUUAUGUCGAUCUGAAGAAACAAGCGAUGAAGGAUCUGGAAUCGGAUGUGGAAAUGGGGCAACUCGACCCUUCACACGAACUAAACCUCUCCAAAUUCUUCGAAGAAGUAGGCGCAGUCAAGGCCGAGAUGGAGGAAAUCACCAACCUCCUCCUCCAUCUCCAACACCUCAACGAAGAGACCAAAUCCGCACAAAGCUCGAAAAUUCUCCGGGGAUUGAGGGAUCAGAUCAACUCCGACAUGGUGACAGUCCUCAGAAAAGCCAAGAUUAUCAAGUCCCGGCUGGAAUCCCUCGACAAGUCCAACAUGGCUAAUCGGAGCAUCUCCGCGGAUUACAGAGAGGGGAGCCACGUGGAUCGCACUAGAACCGGCGUAACACACGGAUUGAGGGUCAAAUUGAAGGAGAUGAUGAAUGACUUUCAGUGUUUGAGGGAGAGGAUCCUGCAGGAGCAUAAAGAAGGGGCUAAGGCGAGGUAUUGCAGCGCGACGGGAAAGGAACUGAGUGAUGAGAUGUUUGAGAAGAUGAUAUUGGAUGGAGGGGUUGUGGCUGAUGGGAAGGGGGAGUUGUUUGAGGAGAAUCAGCAGAGGCACGCAGUGGUGACGGACUUGCAGAAGAGCUUGGUUGAGCUGCAUCAAGUGUUUCUUGAUAUGGCUGUGAUGGUUGAUGCUCAGGCUGAAAAUUUGAACAACAUUGAGGAGAAUGUGGUGAGGGCUGCUAAGGAUGUGGGGGGCGGGACGAAGGAGCUCGAUCAUGCUAACCGGAUGAAGAGGAAGAGGAUUUGCGCUUGUUGGAUUGGGGUGGUGGUGCUGGUGUUUUUGUUGGUUUGUCUCAUUGCCAUUUUCUUCUGAUUUUAGGGUCUGAUGGCAAGAUUGUUAAGGCUUAGGGAUUGAUUGCAGUUUUGUCUGAUGAUUUCUUUUCAUCAGUCAUGGUUUCAUGAGAAUCUAUUCACACGUGUUGUGUUAUUUUGGAUUAUUAUUCCUUUUGUUUUUCUUGCUUUUAAGAACUGAUCUUGCAGGGAAUUGUAUUGAAUUGUGUUGUGUUGAAUACAAUAGCUUCAAGAAUUUUGAGUGUGAAUUUAAA